AUGGAGUUGCGAGAAGCAUCACUUACCCUUGGAAAUGCCUUCGAUAUUGUUGUGAAAAACCACAACAAGUUAAAGGGAAGCAAGGAAAAAGUUCUUGAAGAGGCUUGUUCUAGUAUAUUACUCAGUGUUUCAGAAAAACCAAAAUCCAUUUUAGGUCCGAUCUGCGAACAAUUAACAAGAACUACCAGUAAGAAGCGUAGAUUACCAUAUCUUAACGUUGCUGUUUGGAUUCAUGAAAAAUUACUUCAAGAAUUUGAUAAUUUCAUCAUUAAAACUAUACAAGAUUAUGCAAAAAAUAAAGAAGAUCGUAGAGUUGCCAUGGGUGUUUGCAUUUUGAUACGUUCACUUGCCAUAGUUUCAUGUGCAUCAAGACUUCUUGAACCACUUUCAACAAUUAUCGGUCAAUUUACAUCAGAAAAUCCAUCUUUAUUCGAAAUGGAGUUCUUUAACACAUUUAUUUUCAUUGCUACUGUUAAAGAAGGAGAUUAUUCAACAUUAAAACCAGCAAUUUUAUGCUACAUCACAUGGUUCCAGAAGCUUCAUCCUAUUUCUUCAGUUUCAGCACAUCGUUUACUGAUCGAACUUGAAAAUGAUUAUACAUAUAAUACAAUGAUUGAUAAAUUACGUACAGAUAUUGCUCCAUCAUCAGAUAAUAUCAAACAGUCUUGGACUUGUAUUGCUGCCAAACCAUUUGAUGAUGUCAAAAACUGGGUAUUACUUGGUUUGCAGCUUGGUCGAUUCGAAGAUGAGCGAAUUCGAUCUGAAAUCGCAAAUAUUUCAUCAGAAAAAGGUCAGUUUUCAUCGAUUAUCUCGGUUGCUCUAUCCACAAACAACGAUACCAUAAGAGAAGUUGCCAGAUCUAUUUUCAGAUUCGGAAUACAUGGCCAAGAAGCUGCCGCCUUCGAUCCAAACUCCCUCAGUCAAAUUCUCGAGCAAUCAGAUGACUUAACAGGCAUUGCUCUCACUUUUCUUUCCGAAAUGGCUUUGGCAAAUGCCAAAGAAUGUCUUCCACAGCUAUUUCCUUUGUUAUCUUCCGAUAAACCUGUUGCCAGAAAGAACGCAUUAAGUCUUCUUCAGAAAGUAGUUGAUGGACACGUUGGUCAAGAGAUAAGACAGAUGAUUUGCGCCAAUCUUUUGCCAAUGAUUGGUGAUGAAUCAAUAACUGUCAGAGUAGAUAUUCCGAAAUUGUUUUCUGGUGUCAAACCGCAAUCAGUUGUUCCAUCUCUGAUUAAAAUGCUUGGAGAUAGUUCGGAGAAGAAAAGAUCAACGGCAACUGAAUGUCUCAAGAAGAUCAUGCAGUCAACUGAAGAACCAGAAGAUCUUCUAAGAGUAUUCCUCGAUACAGCUUUGAAUCCUUCUCCGGUUCCUUUAACUCCUGGUUCAAUAAAUCCGAUAACAAAAGAAGAUGAAAAAUGUAGAGACAGAAGUAUCGAACUCGUCAAUAAAUGGGCACAGGAAACACAAGGAAGAAUGAUGUUGGAUCCUAACCCUGUCCUCAACAGAUUGUGGAAUGACCCACAGAACUCUACAAUCGCUAGUUUCAUAGCAAAAGCUUCUCCAAUGUUUGACAAAACUCGUUUAUUGGCAGCGGUUUUGACAAAACUUAGAGAAAAACAUGAAACUGUUUUUGACGGUUUGGCACCGUUACUUGUCUUACAAGGCCAGCCAGUUGACUUCUUCCUUCAGAGGGAUGUCGUGGCCUCUCCUUUGUUCGAUUUGUUGAUGGAUAAGCCAAAAGACGAAAUCUCGAAUAUUGUUCAUUUGAGAGGUGACAUAAUUGCAAGAUUUAACCCGAAUUUCGUCAUCCCACAGCUCAUAGAUAGAGGAUUGGAAGAGAAAUUCCAUCUUUACAUCAUUUGUAGAUGUGGAAUGAUUCAUGAAGGCGAAAUACCAAAUUAUUUGUUUGAUGAGAUAAAGGAGAGAUUCGAGAAAACGAAGAUUAAUGAUGAGAUGUUUAUGCCGUACUGCGAUUCCCUUUAUUUCUCUGAAAAAGAAAAAUAUUUGGAAUAUGCAAUGAAUCAAACCGACACGAAUUUGAUGUUUACCAUGGUAUCGAAUGCCUUCCAGAAAUUUAAUGAAGAUGAUGCAAGAAAAUUCAUUAAAACUGGAAAAUUAGGUAAAUUAUUAAAUGCAAAGUUUGAUGAUGAAUAUAAUGCUGCAGCUGUGAACGCAUUGUUCUUAAUAACAUUCCAAGCAAGAUCUGAAGAAGCUCUUGAACCUUAUUGGGAUCAAUUAUUCGAUAUUAUGGCAUUCUUCUCUGAUUCAAAGAAUGCUGAUGUAAGGUUUGCAUCAAUGAAAUUGCUUGGUGCUUUGAUAACAAACCCUGCAAUGCAGACUCAUUUGAUCCACGUCCAUGAGAAAUUCCAGCACAUUGUGGAGAUUCACACUUACGAGUCUGAGGAUCCACGUGUAAGGAAGAUCGCACAAACAUAUGCGGAUAUGAUGAAGCCUCAAGCGAAAAUCCAAGAGAUAUAA